GUCAGCUGUUUGGUGCUGAACUCUCGAGUAUUGCUUUGUUUGGUGCCUUCGAUUUCUGUCAUGAAAAGUUGCGAAAACAUCAAAACUGAACAUAAUGGAAGCCAACGAUGAGCUUGUUGAGCGUCAGAAGCUAGUGCCUAUCGACGUUGAAGCAGACAAUGACUUGGCGAAUCGAAUAGCAGCAGGUCUUCCGCCCACUGUACCAAUUACCGGACAGAUUACGACUUCUGUGGCGAGCAAGCGAGUGAAGAGUGUAUCCAGCGAUGAGACGACACGCAGCCAGAACUCGACCUCCAUAGAGCAGACCAACUCGGGGAAGGCUCCCCCAACAUCCAGAAUCGCAUACGUCAAUGAACGACGUCAGAAACACCAAGACGAUCCUCGCUUUGACUUCCAGUCCAGACCCCGAAAAAUUCUUAAAGAUCGCAAUGAUUCCAAUAGUAUUUUACCGAAUGACAAUUUUGACGAUCGACCCAUUAAACACCAUUCUUUUGUCUCAGAAAUUCCUGAUGUGAAGCACAUGGAGCGGGCGCUCCUCAGCUUACUUGACGACUUUCAUUCUGGAAAACUAAAGGCAUUUGGAUCCAGUUGUACAAUGGAGCAAAUGACCCAAAUACGUGAACAACAAGAAAGUCUGGCAAAACUGCAUUUCGAAUUGGCUUCCGCUGAUGACGACCCACCUCACGAGGGCGCAAAUCAAACAAACACCACCAAAGCUCAGGAAGGCAUGACGCAUCUCGUUCAGAAGCUCGAACAAUUGUCGAUAUCCAUCGAGAAGCUGCAAUCUAGUCAUACGGGAGGGUGAAAUCCCAGGAAAUAUGAGACUCGUUUGUAAUAUGCUGUAGUGUUGCUGGUCGUCGGUAACGACUUUAUGAUUUAUGUAAAAUAUAACGCAUUAGGUGUAAAAUCACGCUCAUAUUCAUAGUGGUGGCAACUCAGCCAUAAUCCAAAAUCAUUUUAUUUACCAUUGUAAUCGCGAGGAUAGUCGGAACGUAUUUUAUGUGGCGAAAUAGUAACGAUAAUAUUAGUAUUAUAUUUUUGGAGAGUAUGUCGUCGGUGUUGAUACAUUUAUUUAAGUUAAUAAAAAUUUUUUACAUCGCAAA